AUGAACGUACAGAUCAAAAAGGAGCAUGCAAUCGAAGAGGCUGGGUGCACACCCGGCAUCAAAGUUGAGCUUCCCACCCAGGAGUCUGCGUGCUCGCAACCUGCAAAGCGUCGGCGCCUUCGGCGCCAUGACGUGCAGGUGAGUCAAAGCAUGGGCGCCAUUUGCAAGAAAGAGGAGAACAAGGAAGCCGGCCUUGACUUGCACAACCUUUGGUUGAAGAUCAAGAUGGAGGUGAAGGAAGAACUUGAAACCAUGGACGGGCGCAACCCGGAGGGCGGAUUGAAGGAAGUCAAGACAGAGCCGACAGGCUGCAAGGUGAAAACAGAGGCUUCCAUCUUGACCAGCACAUCUGGGAAAGACGGCAAGAACAUCAAGGGUCAGCCAAAAGUGAAGGUGGGAAAGGCGCAGGCAGCGGACGGAAAGGCCGCCAUGGUGAAAGCAGAGCCAGCGCUGGAAGAGACUGGCCGUCAGUUGACCCUCCCAACUGGGCACAGCCUGGCUGAUCGUAGCGACCUGCCGAAUUUUGAGGGCCAGAUGACCGCGUGGGCCCAUCAGUGUGCGGAGUUCCGCGGGAAGUCAACCUGGACGCCCUCAAGGCCCUGCUGCCCGGCACACCUCUUCUUCAUCAGCCCCAUUGUGCCGGAAGAGAAAGACUUGCCUUGCGUGCAGCGCUUGUCCCAAAAGGAGCUGUGCUGCCUGCGCCGCUUCUUCGAGCGACGGCAUCCAAUCUUUGCUGCACCACUUCCAGCGGCUGAUCCGACACCCAAGCCUUUAGCGCGUGCUGCGGCAGCCGCCUCGCAAGAAGAUAAAAACUUCCCGGCCAGAGGCGCGGCAUGCAUGAAGAUGUGGCCGUGGAUGCGUGACCUGCCCAGCGGCAUUUGGGCUGGUCGCGGCUUGGCCUACGAUGAGCAGAGCGGCUUGCGGCGCUUGUCCUCGGCAGGCGGCGCAGAAGCCAUGCACAGCGUCCAAGUCUGGGAGUCUGUCGGAGCUGCUGGGCAGCCGGCUGCUCAGCCGCCUACUGCUGCAAAGUCAGCUGCUGCAACGCCUGGACCUGCUGCAGCAGGCGGGAAUGUUCCAGGCAAUGCCCUGAAGCCUGCGAAGGUGCUGUCCAAGCAGCAGGAGAAGCAGAGCGGCGUCCCUGGCAUCAGUUGGGUGUCACCACAGUUCACUUGGAAGCUUCGAUGGACUGAAAAAGACGAAAAAGGAGCCAGCACCCGCCAAGCACAAUCUUUUACCAUCAGCAGCUUCAUGAAACAGGGCCUGAAUGAGGUGGAGGCUGAGGCCGCCGCGCUGGAGGCUGCCAAGGCCUUCCGCGCGGACUUGGUGGCUAAGGGCUGCAUCAAGGAGAAGGUCCGGGACGAGAGCCUCACCUCCGACGUGCCCGGGGUAAGCUUCCAAAAGCUGAAGAAGAAGUGGCUGGUUCAGAUUGUCAAGCCUGGCAGUAGGAACAUCCAUGGCGGCUACUUCACGGAGAAGGCCGAGGCGGAGGCUCGCGCCACUGAGCUUCGGGAGCUCCACGGGCUCCAGCGCACCGUGAAGAGCUGCGCUGCCCGGGCGGAGCUGCCGGUGUUUCAGCCCAAGGUGGCGUUCCCGGGCGUCACUUGGCACGCGAGAAGUCAAUGCUGGCAGGCAGACAGCAAGGGAACGAUUCGGAUGCAACGCACUUUCAAGCCCCUGGAGCACUCGGAGCUGGAGCUGGAGAAGGCCUUUGCCAAGGCAGUGGCCUGGCUCAAGAAGCAGCGGAAGGAGAUCCAAGACGGAGGAGGCGCUGGAGCGAAGGGCAAAAUUGACAAGAAGGGAAGGAGCAAGAAGGGCUGA